UAAUUAGAUUAAAUAUUGAUUAAAGCCAUUGUAUGUAAAAAUAUGUUGGAGAUAUUGUUAACAAAAUACAAUCCAUAUCACCCUCAAUCAAUGCACAAUAACUUAAAUUUUGUCCCCUUAUUUGAAUGAAUUUUAAUAGAUAAAUGACCCAGUACAUUUUAACCAAAAGAUACCACAAAGAAAUCACACGAUACAUAAAAUUAUGUAAAACAAAUUUCGAAAAGUAUAUAAAAAUGUGGGAAGUCUUCCGAACCCAGUAUCACACUAAAAUGCGUUACUUCUUCCCCUUUGUUAUUUUCUCGUUAAUUUAUGGCAAAAGCAACUGCGUCCAAAUAAUUUGGGACAACAAUGUUGAUUUUGAUAGCGUUGAAGUUGAAGAAUUAGGGCGUUCGGAUCAGGUCAGAAUGCCGAACUGGUUCUUCAUUUUCCCCGGAACCAAAUGGUGCGGAGCUGGAAACAUCGCCGAAGACGAAAACGAUUUUGGUGAAUUUCGGGAUACUGAUAAAUGUUGUAGGAACCACGACUUGUGUCCUGAUAUUAUCGAAGGGUAUCAAUCUAAGCACAACCUCACAAAUCCGUCGUUUUUUACGAGAUUAAAUUGUGAGUGUGAUGAAGAGUUCCACAAGUGUCUCAAGUCGGUCAACAGCCGGGUUUCGACACAAAUUGGCCAGAUUUAUUUCACGGCUUUGGGCACUCAGUGCUAUCGGGAGGAUUAUCCGAUCGUUUCUUGCAAGAAAUAUUCAUAUUUGCCGAGACGCAAAUGUAAAGAAUACGAAUUGGACGAAACCAAAGACAAAGUGUACGAAUGGUUCGACGUUCCAAACUAUUAAAACCUGUGUUAAAACAGAAUCUUUCUUUUACCAGAAAGUUGUGAAAAAUAAAACAGCAG